AUGGGUGUGGAGUACACGCUCAGCAUGGUGCCAGCAUCCUCGCCGCCGUUUGACUUGGGGUUUGUUGCCACGCGCCGUCUCCACGGACUGCUAUCCUCGUGGCCGGAGCUCAAUACUUUGCUUGCUGCUCUGAAUACGGUAUUUGUGGGAAUGCAAACAGCUUAUAUCCUGUGGACAUGGCUAGUAGAAGGUAGACCUAGAGCAACAAUCUCUGCGUUAUUUAUGUUCACUUGCCGUGGGAUUUUGGGUUACACCACCCAGCUUCCUUUGCCUGAGGAAUUUUUGGGGUCAGGAGCGGAUUUUCCAGUAGGGAAUGUAUCAUUUUUCCUGUUUUACUCAGGUCAUGUUGCAGGGUCUGUGAUUGCUUCAUUGGAUAUGAGAAGAAUGCAGAGGUGGGAAUUGGCUUGGACAUUUGAUGUGCUUAAUGUUCUUCAAGUUAUUAGGCUUCUUGGUACUAGGGGUCACUAUACCAUAGAUUUAGCUGUUGGUGUUGGUGCUGGUAUUCUCUUUGAUUCGCUAGCUGGAAAAUAUCAAGAGUUCAAACGAAGGGAAUCUAUUGCUAAUGCUAUUUCUGCUAAAGAGGCUUUCUUUAGUUAG